UCGUGAUGUACAGGAACAUGGCGCUCUGGAGGAGAUGUGUUUUAUGAUACCGAAGGGCUGAUGAUUGAAUUUUUCUUGUAUUUAUUUAAAUAAUGUCUUGACAUUUUCAUCAAAUAUGACAGUUCAUGAAAGGUGGUCACUGUUUUUGCUCUCGAUGGACAACGGAACGCUUUUCAUGUCGGGGUUGCGAUUGCUGUCGUCAGCUGAAACUCCUAGUCUCGACAUGCUAGCUCAAGCUAGUUAGCCCGGAGAUUAGCAACUGGCUAAAACAGCCCCGAAAUGUGAUCUUUUAUGUAGCUUACACUGGCAGUAAAUUGGUAAUCAAUGUUUAAACCACGCAAUCUGUUAUCAUAUCAGCCGUUUGUUUAAGGUAGUUUUAGUUAGCUGACGUUUCGUUGGCUAAACUUGGAUGAUGGAGAGACGCCAUGGAUUUAUGUUAUUGCUGGCUACCUGGAUUUUCCUGUCUGGAAUAUGGUUAUCUGAAGCUGUCCCUCUUCGGGAAACUCGCAAAACAGAUGCACAUGCAGGGGGCACUUUGCCUGUGUCUCUCUACCUGCCCUUGAUGGUGUCCUUAAUUGUGCUGGUGGCAUUGGUGGUGGUGCUAGUGAACUGUGUGACCUGCUGCAAGGAAAGAGAGAUCAACUUCAAGGAGUUUGAGGACCACUUUGAUGAUGAGAUCGACUUCACUCCGCCUGCAGAAGACACGCCUUCUAUGCAGUCUCCAGCUGAGGUUUACACCCUCGCUGUGUCCCCUGUGCCACUGCCAGGACCCCCCCAUCUGCAACCUCUAGCCAGCAUUACAGAAGCAUCGAGCGGUUUCAAAGUAGGACGCCACAAUUUGAGUUACAUCCAGGAGAUUGGCAAUGGCUGGUUUGGGCAGGUCCUGUUGAGUGAAAUAUACACAGACCCUGGGGGAGCCAGAGUGGUGGUAAAGGAGUUGAAAGCAAAUGCCAACGCCAAGGAGCAGAAUGACUUUCUGCAGCAGGGGGAUCCAUACAGAGUGCUGCAGCAUCCAAACAUCCUCCAGUGCCUCGGACAGUGUGUCGAGGCCAUUCCCUUCCUGCUUGUGUUUGAGUACUGCGAAUUGGGGGAUUUGCGAAGCUAUCUGUCUCAGCAGGAUUGGACAUUCAGAAACGCUGAGUUGCUGCAGCUGCAGAGGAUGGCCUGCGAAAUUGCUGCUGGUGUCACUCACCUUCACAAACACAACUUCCUGCACAGUGAUCUGGCCCUUAGGAACUGCUACCUGACUGCAGAUCUUACAGUUAAAGUGGGAGACUAUGGGAUUGGACCCUACAGAUAUAAAGAGGAUUACAUCAUCACAGAGGAUGAUGUGUUCACACCCCUGCGGUGGUUGGCUCCUGAGCUGGUGGUGGAGCGCCAUGGGGGUGUGAUUACGAUGGAGCAGACCAAGGCCAGCAAUGUGUGGGCCUUGGGGGUCACAUUAUGGGAGCUUUUUGAGAACGCCGCUCAGCCGUACCCACACCUGUCUGACCGGGAGGUUCUGCAUCAUGUGAUCAAGGAGCAACAAGUCAAGCUGUUUAAACCACAAAUAGAGCUUCCGUAUUCUGACAGAUGGUAUGAGGUGCUGCAGUUUUGUUGGCUGUCACCUGAGAAGAGAGCAACAGCAGAGGAGGUGCACCGUUUGCUCAUCUAUCUGCGAAUGCAAGGCCAGAAGGACAUGGAGGAAGAUUUCGAGCAACGCUGGGAUGCACUGAAGCCUAACCCAACCACGCGACAGACUGUUAGCCAUUCAUCUUUCCCGAUCUUGGACCAGUUCGCUGAUGAUGCUUUGCGACAAGAGAUCGACGAAGUUUUGACCAUUACAGAAACAAGCAAAGGUCUCAGCUUUGAGUAUGUUUGGGAGGCAGCCAAGCACAACCACUAUGACAGCACCCACGGGCGAUCAGGCAUGGACACUACCCUGAACUACCAGAGCAUGUUCUUCCCUGUUUCUAGGGAGGACAUCCAGGCUCACUUUCCUGAUGCUCCGCCCAGGGUAGGAGGUGCUGAAAGUGGUAACCCUCCAUUAGGAAUACCUGGGAUUGUCCCAGUGUUUGAUUCGCAGAAGUCAUCAAAUGGAAAUGAAUAUUAUAUACAGCUUGAGGAACAAGGCGAGAGCGCUGACGGGGAUGCUGGGAAUGAAGAACCGGACACGGGCUUUACCUCUAGCCAGAAAGACUUUGUUAUACUUCAAGAUGUCCGCCUGGAUGAGUCAAGCACAGAUGCUGACUUUUUCCACCAAAGCAUCGACUCAAAGGACUCAUAUUUACCAGACAGCCACAUCUGGUCAUCCCUGGAAAAUGACAGUCCGUACCACAUGAACAUUUUCACAGAAGAGGGGUCAAAGCAUGAAGACUCUCCCUCCUGGAGCCAGAACUUUCUGGAGCUCCCGCAGCGCUGUGGAAAUCCUUUUCUUGAUGGCACUGUGGAAGUCCAAGAAGUUAACCUAAAUCCAAGCUAUUUUUUAGAGGAGGAGGAAGCCCGUCCCCUGCCGUUCGUUAUGGAAGGAGAGCAGAAUGUGAAGAGGCUUCUGGAUACUGAAAAACUGGCUGAUAAUUUUGUGUUUCUCAGAGAACAGAACCUGAUGAAAGAGGACUCCAGCUUCAUGAAUCCACAGCAGAACUUUCUCUUACCCGGCAUUGUCCAUGAACCAGAGGAAGCAUUCAAAAUGAAUUCUUGGGACAACCUCGAGACUUUAGAUGGCUUAAACAAAGCAGACACACAUCUUCAAACUGCAAACAGUAGCACAGCAGACUUUUUAGACUCUCCAAGUACCAACUUGGGGCAGUUUUUGUUAGAAAAUGAAACUCUGGUGCCUUCCAUUUCUGUGGUUACACAUGAUAACACAGACAGCCAGAUGCCAGUAAGAAAUGGUUCUUCCACUGAAGACCUCACUCUGCUACAGACCUCAGACAAGGCUGUAGACUCUGGUUUCAGUUCUACCUCAGAGAGGUUCGAGCCCAUCACUAACAGUAUGAGUAGCCAUAUCCCUUUUUUCUCUGAUUGUGCCACUACAGACACGUUGUCCACGGAUGCCAAAAUGUCCAGCCUUGCAGAUGACCCUGAAGUCUCAAACACCAUAGGAAGCAAAAUGCCUGAAAGCCUCCAGAUUCAAACAAUCGCUUCUGAAAAUGGACAGAACGAAGACCUAACGAGUAAUGAUCCUCUGAGUGAGCUGAUUGAGGAUGCGGAUCUAGACCUGGAAGCAAACCUUUCUGAUCAGGAAGAAUCUUUCUUGGAAACUAAUGGACAUCCACUUGUUAGAGCUUCUCUCCUUGUAUCCGGUCCAUCUUUGGAUCAGAUAAGUCAGGACAGUUUACUGGAAGACAGCAUGUCCACCACUGUCCUAACCAUAGACAACUCAUCUGAAACGCCUGAUUCUCUCAACUCUCUUGACAUUCAUCGGCUGGCGGAGCAGGCGGAGGAGCUGAAUGCCCAAGUGUCACAAAAUAAACUUCAGCCGCCGUACAAGAUAUCAGACAGCGGGUAUGAGACGGAGAACCUGGAGUCUCCUGAAUGGAACUCUCAGCCAAACGUCGCAGACAGCUCCCCUGUGAAAAAUGGCAUUAGCACUUCCAACGAAGAAGACUCAGAAGAGCUUGCCAUUUCCACAAAUUUGGUUGCCCCAAAAAUCGUCAUCUCUGAAGCUGAGGGUAUGCUGGAAGCUCGCAGUGUAAAUCCCAGUGAGGAUCAGCAGCCAGACCAUGGAGCUCCUGCAGAAGAGCCACCUACUGGCAGCAACUACAGAGACUCUGCCUACUUUUCCGACAAUGAACCAGAACCAGAGAAGAAGGCUGAGGAGUCGACUGCAGGAAGUGCUACAGAAAUCACUUGGAUGAGGAGCUCUGAAAGUCCGACACACGAAGUUUACAAGGAGAAAGAUAUUGAUGCGCUGUUUUCCCAGCAAGAAUCUUCUGCACUUGUAGAACCGGAUGCUGAGGACCUGCUUCUAGAUAUUACUUCAGAUAUUAAAGAGCAACUGAGAAGCGAAGUGGCGGAGACUUUGGUCAGCCCCAGUGGAGAAGAAACAAAACCCCAGAUCCUCCAGGGCUCAUUUCCUGAAACAUUGAGUCCAUUAGAAGAUCUAGAAUCCUCACCUCGGCCUUCUGAUACCUCCUCCAAGGCAAGACUAGAGGGCGCUGUUCAUGCUAAACUGACCAGAACCUAUGCCCAUGACGGUCAUAAAAUCAAAGAGCCUGACGUGGAGGGCCGUUACCUGAGCAGACGUGACAGUCUGGAGGGACAGGAAGACGGCGUCGAUGCCGACGAGGAGGACGAGAACAGUGAGGACUCUGAUGACGACAUGCGUGCAUACCAGCUGCACAGCUCCAGCUCAGACAGCGAGGACGAAACCAUUCACGUGGUGCCGGUUAUUGUGUCGGAUGACACCAGCAGCAAGAACCUGAAGAGCUUACUGAAACCAAGGAACCUGAACAUCGAAGCAUCGUCUUCCCCCUUCGGUGUGAGAUACAAUGCAGAGAACUCCAGAAGAGCUGUAUCAUUCUUUGACGACGUGACAGUCUACCUGUUUGACCAGGAGACUCCCACUAAGGAACUGGGAGACCACUCGUCUGGUUUGAACAGUCAGUCCCCCGAGCUCAGCAGCCCUGUGUCCACAGCCAGCUACCUGAACCGCUUUGCUAACUCUGAAAGCUCAACCGAUGAAGAGGGUGGUGGUUUUGAGUGGGAUGAUGACUUCACCUCCUCCGGGCCUGCCUUCCUGUCCAAGAUUGAGAAGGACCCCGUGUGUAAGGCCGUGUCCUCCACUCCCCCAUCAGUAGGACACAUGCCGCAGUCAAGCUGGAGCAGUUCCUCUGCCUACUCCCGUUUCGCCAUCUCACCGGCAAACCUCGCCAAUUUCUCCCUUACACACCUCACCGACUCAGACAUCGAACAAGGAGGAAGCAGUGAAGAUGGAGAAAAAGACUAAAAGCGACGAACGAAGGAACUGCCGUAGACACUACUGAGGAACUAAGCUAUGCCCGUCCUGUUUUGGGGAACGUUGGAAUAAGGAUGCAGUUUGUGGAGUGCUUCCCUAAGGCUGAACCGUUCUCAGAAGAGUUGGAGAUUAGAUAUGCACAGACUUUGAAGCCCCAGUCUGAGCCACAUGACCUCUCCAGCUUUAUUGGUGUAAUUUCAGUUCAGUGCAAUUAAAGGAAAAAAAAAAAGGACAAAUGUGCUGCUUUAUAGACUUCUCAUGCACAUUCCAGGUGUGUGUCUGCUUCUUUUUGUUGCCUCACCAAAAAAAAAAAAAGAAAAUAUUUUGGAUUAAUGAAUUCAUUCUGAGCGGGCAAAUAAUCACUACAACCAAACAGGAAUAAGCUCUUUGAUCUCAGCAGAACUCCAAUUAAAAAUCUGAAAUGUAAUAUUUAUCAAUGCUUUUUUUUUUUUUUUUUUUUUUUAUUGUGCAAUUAUUUCAGUGGUUGCCUUUUAUUUUUUUUUCAUCUAUCUUCUGGUUGAGUUGAUGAGUCUCCUGUUUGGAGAUUAAAUUCUGCGUUUAAUCCUUCUGUAGCAGUAUUUAAAUUAAAAGGAUGAGGAAGGAAUGCAGACGUACUGACAACCUGUAGGGGUGACGUGCUGUAUGUCCCUUGAUGUAAGGAACACUUGCAGUAAACCGAGGGUGUUGUUGUUGCUAUCAGUCUUAUCAGGAGGGGGUUUAACUGUAAAACAGUUGAGAAGAGGAACCUAUCGCUUAUUAUUGAUUUUUGUAAAGCUUUAUUUUAAUUGAAAUGCGCAGGAAGUCGUUUUGUCUCACUUGGUCAUCGCUGGGUCUAAUCAUGGUGCCGGUUGAUGCCGCGAACACGGCCCUCCCGCCCUCCGUUUUGCUAUCCCUACAAAUAUUUCAAACCGCACGUCAAGUGAUGCUGUAACUGUUUUUAGAUAAGCGAGAAAUCUCUAUUUUGAAAAUGGCGGCGAUGUAAGCUGUUUGUAAACAAAUGUGCAAUGCAAUUUCAUUAACGUGUUCAUAGGACGAUCCGGUGAUGUGCUGGGAACACUACUAGAACAAACAAAUAAAAAUACUGUGGCUGCUCUUAUAAGUUGAUUGAUAUGGAUAUAGCUAAUUGCCUUUCAUUUUUCCUCUGCGUUGUGUCAAAUAUGGCAAUAUCCUCUUUAAAAAGCUUUCAUUUGCUGGCCAUAAUUUGUAUGAUCGGCUCCCGUAUUGCAUAGCUCAAUACAAAUGAAGCUAAACAUCUUCCACCCCGUCUUCAUUUACGACUCGAACAUGAAGAACUGUAGGUUAUGCAGUUGCUGUAUGGAGCUUUCUUUGGAUGAUAAAAUCACCGUAAAUAUUUGUCUCUCGUGUCCCACUGUACUCCACCUGUAGUAGACGCCCCCACCUCUCCUGCUCCUAACCGACGGCACCAUAUCAGCCAUUACUAACUUCUGUUAAAACUAGCAGCCUGCUCCUCAGUAAAACUUGAACACCUAUUUAAGGAAAUCUGUUUGUUUGACCACAGUAUACAUUUGCUUAAUCUUGCACAUUUGAGAAAUAUAACUUAAUGUUGAGAUGUUCCAAUGUGUAUAUAUGGAUUCUGUUUGUUUUUUUCCUGUUUAUAAAUGGGGUUGGGGAAAGAUGUAAUAACUGAGUUAUUGACAGGUUUCAUUUUGUAAUUUACAGCUGAGUUGAAUCAGAGGAACAUAUCAGUCGUCUACUAAAAGCGGUUAAAUUAAGAAGCAGAUGUGAAUUCUGUCCUUUAAACCUGUAGAUUUUAAAUAUUUUUACUUCAUAUUGAUCAUGCUUCGUGUAAUUGAAUGAAAUGUUUAUAAUUACACUGUUUAAUAUGGAAAUAAAUGCAAACGAACUUCUAAAAAA